AUGGACAGCAAUCACUUACAAACACCGGAAUAUAAAAUCAGCGUCAUUCUUCUUCAAGUACUGGAAAAGCUAAAAGAAGAACCUAUCAGUAGUAAACUGAAAUCUGCGAAAGUUUUAGCUGGUAAUGAUUCGAUGAGAAUUAUGCAGUACGUUCUACCAAUCAUUAUGCAAGUUGAAAUGGAAGUGUUGAAAUUCCACGGCUAUGAUAACAGUCGAGAUGGACUCGUGAAAUUCACUCAGCUAGUAAAAGAGUUGGAGGAAAUUGAUUCUGCAAUUCGCAAUUUACACGAUGUACUGAAGGCUCAGUACUUGCCUCCUGUUUCUAUAUACCAGGAUGAAAAUUCUUCACUAAGUUCUUUCAAUUAA